AUGAACAAGGUGACGAAGCCAACUGAUUGGUACUAUACGGAAACUAAUCCCACUUGUAAAACACCAAAAACAACGACUCAGGAUAUGUUAGAAAAGGGAAUACUUGUUGGUGCGGGACAAAAAGGUUCGCAUUGUAGGCAAUUGAACUUUCAGUCGUAUCCAGUAAGUGACGCCGACUUGAUCAAAAAACGUAGCGAAGCAGAGAAAACGAAAGUUGCGAUCACAACAUCAUAUAAACGAGAUUUUACGUUGCAUUAUCCACCCCUUUGUGGACCGCUUGAAAGGGAAUUUAUACCUGAUACACUAUUUAACCGUAGACCGUUGGCUGACUUCCCAUCCCCGGAUGUAACAAAUUUAAAAUUUAUGGACGAUCAUUUUGUACACUUGUCCGAACAUCGCAAAAAAUUUAACUUCUUAAGGCAAUUAAGAAAUGCUCAUCAUCCACUUAUUUAA